GGAAAAAAAACCGAACUUUACAGACUAUUAACACAUAAAAAUGAAAUCUUUUUGAGAUAUGACGAGAAUGAUUUCAACACAUGUAUAAAUAAUUGAGAGUUUUUUUAUUCCUUAGCCCGCCAUCCCGUUUGUCUCGUUUUCCCUUUACUUUCUCAAGCCCGCCAAUCACAUGGAGCAUUAUUAUUUGUUAUUCCCACUCCCCAAUUCAUAUACGCUGCCAGCGCCUUCAAUUUUUGAAGUAGUGAUUGUUUUCAGUGGCAAUGGAUUACGGGAAAAUGUGGUCGAUUUUGUUGAUUUUGGCACAGUUGAUGUGCUGUGCGGUAGGGCAUUUUGUGUUUGAAGUUCAUCACAAGUUCGACGGCGAGGGAGAGGCGGUGUUGGGAGCUAUGAGGGCGCACGAUUUGCAGCGCCAUGGCAGAAACCUCGCAGCCAUUGAUUUUCAGCUAGGCGGCCAUUAUUCCCCCGCUUUACAUGCGCUCUAUUUCACCAAUAUCACUAUUGGGACUCCUCCGGUUGACUAUCAUGUCCAGGUAGAUACAGGAAGUAAUACUUUAUGGGUCAAUUGCCACGACUGUGAAAGUUGUCCCAAGAAAAGUAACUUUGGUGUAGAAUUCAAGCGGUAUGACUUGGCAACCUCUUCCACUGGGAAGAAUGUCACUUGCGAUGAAGAGUUUUGUCAUGCUGCAUCAAGCAGCUCAAAUAAAAAUUGCCCAGCUGGAACUGGAAGGCAAUGUGAAUAUUCUGUUGCUUAUGCAGAUGGGGGCACAACCGGGGGAUACUUCGUCAGAGAUAAUUUUAGAUUUAACCAAGUGACUGGAAACCUCCAAACCUCAACAAUGGAUGGCAACAUAGCGUUUGGGUGCUCAAUGUCUGAAGACCCUGGAAAGUCUGUUGACGGAAUAGUUGGUCUUGGACGAGCAAAUGAAACCAUCAUUUCACAACUUGCUUCCUCAGGAAAGGUUAAAAGGGUCUUUUCGCAUUGCUUGGACGGAAACAGGGGAGGUGGUAUUUUCGCUAUUGGAGAAGUAACGGAGCCAAAAGUCAAUCGAACACCUUUAGUCCCAAAUGAGUCACAUUACAGUGUAAAUCUGAAGUCGCUUGAGGUAGGUGGCAUAUUCUUAAACCUCUCGACAAACUUUUCUGGGACGGGAUCUAGUAGAAGGACUAUAAUUGAUAGUGGCGCAUCAGUGGCCUAUCUUCCAUCUGAGGUUUAUCAACAGGUUUUGGAAAAGAUGAUGUCGCAGCAUCCAGAUCUGCAGACUCGUAUAGAGCAAGGGUUCACAUGUUUUGAGUACAAUGGAACUGUUGAUGAUGGUUUUCCAGUCGUAAAUUUUCAUUUUGAAAACUCUCUCAGUUUGCCAGUUCAUCCCCACAGUUACCUUUUUUUAUUCCACGGUAACGAAUACUGUAUAGGUUGGCAAAAUAGUAGUAGCACACUGCCAAGGGAUGAAAGAGACAUAUUUCUGUUGGGAGAUAUAGUAUUAUCAAAUAAGCUGGUUGUGUAUGAUCUGGAAAAUCAGACCAUUGGAUGGACAGAAUAUAACUGUUCAUCAAGUAUCAAAGUGAGAGAUGAAGCAACAGGGAAUGUUUAUGAUGUUGGAUCACAUCUUAUAUCUGCUGCUGCUCCUACUUUCACUCUCUUCAAACCAACUUUUAUAACUCUCCUUCUCUUCAUAGUUGCCUCACCCAAUGAGUUAAAAGAUCAUGUACUAAAAUUUAUCUUGGUUUCUAUUUUUUUGUUGCAUUUUGUAACUCUAUAAUUGUAGAUAAUUUUUUCCUCUUCAAAAUACUGUCAUAGUUUGAAAAUAUUUUUCGAAGAAAUAAAAUAAAAGUUCAUUUAUCA